AUGGUCACGAUAUUUGAACGUUUCACUCCCAGAACCGACACGCACGGCAGCUUCUGUAAAACCAGUCAACAGAACAGAGCAAUCAAUGCGAAUACCUCGGUCGAAGAGAAGGAAGCCCUGGUCUCUCAGCUGACAAGAGGUAAAAAGGCUUUCACACAGCAGAUUGAGGAGACCAAGAGGCAAAUUGAAGAGGAGGUCAAGGCCAAGAAUGCCCUUGCUCAUGGACUCCAGUCAGCUCGUCACGAUUGUGAUCUGCUCAGGGAACAGUUUGAAGAGGAGCAGGAGGCCAAGGCUGAACUUCAGCGUGGUAUGUCUAAGGCCAACAGCGAGGUUGCUCAGUGGAGAGCCAAGUAUGAAACUGAUGCUAUCCAGCGCACUGAGGAGCUUGAGGAAUCCAAAAAAAAGCUUGCUCAACGGCUCCAAAAGGCCGAGGAGCAGAUUGAGGCUGUCAACUCCAAGUGUGCUUCUCUGGAGAAGACCAAACAGAGGUUGCAGAGUGAGGUUGAGGAUCUCAUGAUUGAUGUGGAGAGAGCUAAUGGUCUUGCUGCCAACCUUGACAAGAAGCAGAGGAACUUCGACAAGGUCCUGGCUGAAUGGAAGCAGAAGUUUGAAGAGGGUCAGGCAGAGCUUGAGGGAACUCAAAAGGAGGCCCGCUCAAUGGGAACUGAGCUUUUCAAGAUGAAGAACUCCUAUGAAGAAUCUCUUGACCAGCUGGAGACCAUGAAGCGUGAAAACAAGAACUUGCAGCGAGACAUGGAAUUACUUCACCAUCCACACUACAAACACCAUAAAUCAACCAGAAAAACCCAAACCACAACUCGGGGGGGGGGGGGGGGGGGGGGGGGGGGGGGUGGGGGGGGGGGGGGGGGGGGGGGGGGGGGGGGGGGGGAGGGGGGGGGGGCAUAA